CCCAAAACAGACGACCUUUGAGCCAGGAGCUGUCACAAUGUGUCCUCAAUGUGUUUAACUCUUAACAAGAUUAUUUAACUACAAGCAUAAGCAAAGAAAUUGUCAAAGUCCAAAAGAGUUAAACAACUUCUAUAUACAUGAUUUAUGAUAUAUGCUUGUACUGGCUGAAAAUGGUUUAGAGAGAAAUUAGACUUGUAGGAUUAUUGUUCAUUUAAGAGCUUUUGGAGUUCUGAAAUGAGACUGCUAACUCAUAAAUGGAAAUGUGCAUUGUGUCAAUGUACUUCUUUAAUGAGCAAGAAUUUAGCUGGUAGACAUAUUUCAAGUUCUGCAAAUGUCAGUCUGAAAAAUGUUUUCAGCGAUGAUAAUAAAACUGCAGUUCAAAAGAAGUUAUCCACGUAUACUAAUAUAAUUCCAGGGAGAUUCAAAAAGGAGGGCGCAAGGAAUGCUUCAGUAUUAAUUCCGUUAUGUAUAGUGAAUGGAGAACCCUCAUUGUUAUUUAUGGUCCGUCCAAUGACUAUAGCACAACACAGAGGAGAAGUAUGUUUUCCAGGUGGCAAAGAAGAUGAUGGCGAUAGAGAUGUAAUUCAUACAGCUUUAAGGGAAUCCCAUGAAGAGAUUGGACUACAAGAAGAUGAUGUAGACAUAUGGGGACAAAUGAUGCCUGUACCAAGUAAUCGGGAUGGUUCAUUGAAUGUGGUACCUAUUAUUGGUUACUGUGGAAAAAUAGAUCUUAAUUCACUCUACCUCAAUAAAGAUGAAGCUGCAUCUGUUUUUACUAGAUCAAUAGAUUCUCUGUGUACCAAUGCCCACAGUACACAGUUUAGGAGAGAAAUUAAGUCAGUUGAAGGAUAUACGUUACCUGUCUAUACUGGAGGUCAACACAGAAUUUGGGGACUUACAGCAGUUUUUGUACAUCAACUGUUAGGACUUAUAGUUCCUGAACUUUAUCGAUUUAAACUCAGACACAGAUGAUCCUGAUCCUUAUCAAAUUAAACUUGGACACAAAUGAUCCUGAUCUUUAUCAAUUUGAACUCGGGCACAAAUGAUCUUGAUCUUUAUCAAUUUAAACUCAGGCACAGAUAAUCCUGAUCUUUAUCAAUUUUUAAAAACUCUGGCACUGAUGAUACAUAAUUUUAUUCUUUUAAAGAUUGUUCAUUAAACGUAAGUGGAGAAAAUGUUUUUAAGACUUUAAUACAGAGAACAAAGAGAUGCCACUGAACUGUGAAAAUAGAAUGAAACAAACUUACUAAUAAAAUCAAGGGCAUUCAUAUCAUAACUGGUUUUAAGAUGGGAAGGAAAUGUAUGAAGAAAUAUAUGAAAAUUAUUUCCUUCCUAUCUUAAAACAUGUUACGAUCUAAAGACUUAAUUUUAUUGAUAACUUAUUGGAAUAUGUAUUGUACCUGUGAUUUGGAGGUUGCAAGCUUGCAUCUAGCUAUAUUAUUUAUUUAAAUCAAUAUUUAUUAAAUUUUCUGUAGAAAGACAAAAUAUGACUGAUAUAAAAUAAGGGUAUGAGACAUA